UGUCGUUCCUGCAGCUCAUGACGUCAUAUCAAUCAGCAGUCGCUGAGCAGUACCAGCAUUAUCGUGUGGAGCGGGCGACGAUGGUUAUCAUCAAGGAGUACCGUGUGGUUUUACCCUGUAGCGUUGAGGAGUAUCAAGUGGGACAGUUGUUCUCAGUGGCUGAAGCCAGUAAAAAUGAGACUGGUGGUGGUGAGGGCAUCCAGGUACUCAGGAACGAGCCCUACGAAAAAGAUGGCGAGAAAGGACAAUAUACACACAAAAUCUACCACCUUAAGAGUAAAGUCCCAUCUUUUGUCAAGCUGUUCGCCCCUGAAAGCGCCCUGUUAUUCCAUGAAAAAGCCUGGAACGCUUACCCCUACUGCAGAACCAGUGAGUCCCCCUCCCCAUAUCACUUUACCUUUGCUUUACCCUGACACCCUUUGUCCUCUCCAUUGUUAAAUCCUUUUGUGUGACUCGCAAAUGGUCAUUUAUUUUCUUUCAGUUUGAAUUUAUAGUGUUACUUAUAUGUACCAGUUUAUUUAAUGGUGUUUUCCCCCAUUCUCCUCAUGCCUAUCUUUGACCCAGUUGUGGAGGUAAGUUACCUUUUAAUGCCUUCUAAUAUUUCUUACAUUAUCAGCAUAUUGUUCUUACCCAGUUUAAGUUGUUUGAGUAAACUCCAUUGACUUUCUAUACAUCCACUUCUUUUUCAUCCAUUCUGAUCCUUCUUGUUUUUCUAGAAUGAGUAUAUGAAAGACAAUUUCUUAAUUAAGAUCGAGACCUGGCACAAACCAGACCUCGGAACUCAAGAAAAUGUUCACAAACUGGACAGUUCUAUGUGGCAAAAUGUAGCUGUCGUGCCCAUCGACAUUGCAGACAGAAUGCAAGUGUACAAUGCUGACUACAAGCCAGAUGAAGACCCUGCCAUGUUCAAGUCGGUGAAGACCGGCAGGGGACCCCUCGGGCCCACCUGGAAGAAAGAGCUGGUUAGUAAGACUGACUGCCCGAGGAUGUGCGCUUACAAACUGGUCACAGUUAAGUUCAAGUGGUGGGGCCUGCAGACCAAAGUGGAGAGCUUCAUCCACGAACAAGAGAAAAGGAUCUUCAAUAACUUCCACCGUCAGCUCUUCUGCUGGAUUGAUAGGUGGGUGGAGCUGACCAUGGAUGAUAUCCGGCGGAUGGAGGCAGAGACACAGAAGGAGUUGGAUGCGAUGCGUAAGAAGGGCUCUGUGCAAGGUACAAAGGCUGCAGACCAGUAGUUGGGCCAGCUGUAGGUCUGUCGCUGUCUUCUCAGAAAGGGUGAAAUACGAGGAACCAGAGCUGCAGAAGAUUGAAACGGCAGAUUUUAAACACCCACGAUGCCUGAAGCGGUGGAGACUGCUAACAGGGUUCUUUUUGGUGCCACUUUUACUUUUCCCUGAACUGGUGGAGGGUGGGGGAGGGGGGGGGGGUCGCUACCUACAAUCAAUAGAGCAGAUCCCUGACUUCAACCCAAUCAUAGACAUUCUAUACACUGAUGAAUUGAUUUCUAGAAACCAACACGAUCCUAGCUGAUAAGACUCUUGUUAAUAUUGAUCUCCUGGGCAGAGGUAGGCCAACUACAAGCCCCGGCCUUCAAGAAAUAUGAAGAGGAGCUUCUCACAAACAGAUUUAUUUUCUUAUAAAAGCAAAUUCAAUGGCUUGAUUCCACCGUGGCAGAUGUUGGACCAAAUAUUUCCCUUUUUAUUGUUUUGAUUUUCCUUUUUUGUUCAUGUUCUCUCCAAAACAUUCCUCUGCAGAUGAUGCCCUGUCUGACCUCUCUUUGUCUCCGUCUUGGUUUUAACUGUACACACACACACACAGUGGCUCAGUGGUUUGCAUUCCCCAGGAUGAGUCUGUCUGUUUGUCAUACUCAUGUUCCUUCCUGCCACAGCCUCCAUUAAGAGAUUACUAACACCCAAGGCGCCUUGGCCUAUUGUAACCCUCCCCCCCAUCACCCAAUCUCACUCAAAGCGCUGCAUCUUAUUAACACUGACAAUCAUGCCCGUACAGGUAUUCACUCUCACACAGUUUUUAUAGAAACCAACACGCACACACACACACACACACACACAUGUGCCACAUUUCCAUCACCACAUGAAGAUAAACAUGUGAAUUCACCCUCACAUGCACACUCUCACAGGUGUGGAUGCCUUUGCGGUGACUGAUGCCUUGAAAGCUCAAGCUGGGCAGAUCCAUGCAAGCUCGCUCUGCUAAAGAUGGUUACUUUGGAAGUGUUUACAGCCCCCCUCCUCCCCACCACCACACUCUCAGACACUCCCUAUUCCGGAGACACUCGCACAGGAAACAUGCAACACAACAUUCACCUCCCAAACAGCUGUCCCCAGAGCAAAAACUGCACUGAAAAACAGCCACAGAUGGUGCUACACCCCUCCAGCCUCUGUCACAAGCCAAACUGCAGCAUGCCUCCACCUCACCCUGCCCACCCCAGAGGCCCGGCUCGCUCAUCUAGGUCUCUUAGGUUUUUCAAAAAGGUUUACGCUCCUUUCUGGGUGUGUUUACAGAUUCCCCACAGCCUUACCAGAGCCCAGUCAACACCAGUACCACGCACUGCUUGCCAUAAUCUUCAACCUUUGUACCUGUUGGACCUAUUAACCCUACUGUACCUCUGCUGCCAGCUGUUGCUCUAGCUACCUCCCUUGUUUCUGACUUGCAAUUUUUCCUGACACUUUAAGGUUAGCACUCGCUAUUAGCUGCCACUUGUUGGGAGUGAAUCAUGGCAGACAGAGCUUUAUGAGCAAAUGGUUUGUGAGGACUUCUACGGCCUUUGUUCGUCUUCUUGUUUUGUGAUUGUGUGUCACAGCACCUGAGGAAGUGCAAUUCCUUCAGCAAGUUGAGCAGCCUGUUACCGCACUUUUUUUACAUCUUUUCCUCACAUCCACAGUUUGAGGAAUAUGCCAUAUUAAUGACAUUUUAAUCCCAAUAGUGCACUUCUUCCCCUUAUCCUACAGCAUCAUGCCUUCAGUAUUGAUUAUCACAAGUUUUUAGUACAGGUUGUUUCCUCAUUACAUCCUCCUGUGGGCUUUUUGUAGGGGUAUUUGUGUCCCAUCAAUGUCUUAAAUUGUUCAACAGGAAUCCAGGGUUUGUUUUUAAGAGAUCUACUUUCUAUACUUUUUCUUUCGAGACACACGUGUAAUAAAAUCCUCUAGGUUCAACAAUUUCAAUGUUUUUGUAUUCUCUAAACUGUAUGAGGAAAUGUGACCACUUCCUCGUGAAUGGUUAUUGGCUUGUCCAAAGAGUGUGAAUGGAUUUCUGGUGUGUUUACAUAAAGUCAGCAGUCGUAGGCUGCAAGUAUAGGAAAGUUUAAGAGUUAUUGUUUGAAGAAACAUUUUUAAUAACAACACAAUCAUCUCAGGUGACCAGAAUGACACAAGGAUAUUUUUGAUAUUGUUACUCAGUUGCCUCAAACUAUUCACUUUCUUUCACUGUGCCAUAUGCUUUGUGGUGUAAUGUAGUAUUAGAGUGUCUAUAUGAUGGGAAGUGGUUUUAAUAUGCCCUGUUCUUUUAUAUCACAGUAUGAGACAGCCAGUUUGACUUUGUAUCUACUCUGGGACUGUAUGCAUAUGUCUCAAAGAGCGUAAAGUGUGAAACAAUUGGUCUUCAGUGUAAUCAAUGUGGGCAAGUCUAUCCUAAUGAGCCCUGCUGUCUGCCAAAUAGAACACCCAGCAUCUAGAGAGAAUGGGCUAAAUCAAUGGGUUACCAUCUGCCAAGGCAGUGAUAUAUUCACAAUGCUACUGUACAGUCUAAUCCUAAUUUACGAAAUCUAUAACUGCUUCAUUCCUGAUCUAUUUGUUUUUAAAUGUUUCUGAUCAGCUUUGAAAUUCAGGGGACACGGUAGUGAAUGUAUGAUACUUGUGCCUUUUCUUUCUGUAGACUUUUUUUGUGCCAUUAAGUCUACAUAUUGUACCUAAAUAUCAAAUAAAUGUUGUCCAGAAAAUAUA